GCAGUAUUUGGCAUGGUUAUUACCGUUGGACAAGCCAUUGUGUAUGUAAUGACCGGAAUGUACGGUGAUCCGACUGAAAUUGGAGCUGGUGUCUGUCUUCUGAUUAUCAUUCAGUUAUUCGUCGCUGGACUUAUCGUAUUGCUGUUGGACGAGCUUCUCCAGAAAGGAUAUGGAUUGGGGAGCGGAAUAUCUCUAUUUAUCGCCACCAAUAUUUGCGAGACCAUUGUGUGGAAAGCAUUCUCGCCAGCCACAGUCAACACCGGUCGUGGUACGGAAUUUGAAGGAGCUGUAAUCGCGCUGUUCCAUUUGCUGGCUACCAGACAGGACAAAGUCCGAGGCCUCCGUGAAGCGUUCUACAGACAAAAUCUUCCAAAUCUGAUGAAUCUCCUCGCCACCAUUCUAGUGUUCGCUAUCGUUAUUUAUUUCCAGGGCUUCCGUGUGGAUCUUCCGAUCAAAUCCGCCAGAUACCGCGGCCAAUACAGCAGCUAUCCGAUCAAACUGUUUUACACCAGCAAUAUCCCGAUUAUCCUGCAGUCGGCUUUGGUGUCCAAUUUGUACGUCAUCUCUCAGAUGUUGGCCGUCAAGUUCCAAGGAAAUCUUAUAGUGAAUCUGCUAGGCGUUUGGUCGGAUGUCGGGGGCGGAGGACCCGCCAGAUCAUAUCCGGUUGGCGGAUUAUGUUAUUACUUAUCACCUCCAGAAUCGGUGGGUCACAUCCUUCAAGAUCCUGUCCACGCCAUGCUCUACAUUCUCUUCAUGCUCGGCUCAUGCGCUUUCUUCUCCAAGACGUGGAUCGAAGUCUCCGGGAGCUCGGCAAAGGAUGUUGCUAAACAACUGCGAGAACAGCAGAUGGUGAUGCGAGGCCACAGAGAUAAUUCCAUGAUUCGCGAACUAAAUCGAUACAUCCCGACCGCCGCGGCGUUCGGCGGGCUAUGUAUCGGGGCUCUCUCCGUACUGGCGGACUUCUUGGGCGCGAUCGGUUCCGGUACCGGUAUCUUGCUCGCUGUCACAAUCAUAUACCAAUACUUCGAGAUCUUUGUGAAGGAGCAAAGUGAAAUGGGUGGCAUGAGCACGUUACUCUUCUAAACUUAAUUCACCUAUAGACUUGAAAAGUGAACUUUUUUAAUUCUGAAGAACUGAGUAAUAAUUUAUUGUAAAGUAAGAGAGUCGGAUUGGCAGCUGUGUGUUUAUGUCAAGGCUCAUAGAAUGGAUAGACAAACACCGGCGCCAGACGAAAGUUCCCCGUUGUUAUAAAAAGUCGCACAUAUUUAACUUACCAUUGGUAUAUUGUUGAUUCUCUGCUCAAAAGAUUAUAUUGUCGAUGACAUUACUUAAAAAGAAAAAGUAUAUGUGCUUCUUUUACGCAUAAUAUAUUAACGUGACCAUUGACACGCAAUAUAUUUUGAAAUCUAUUCUGGAAAUAAUAUUGUUUUACAUUACCACUUAUGAUAUCUUCGUUUAUGCAUUACCGAGAAAAAGAGAGAACGUACCCUUUAUUUUUACAUUAAACAUUGAUUCUACGCUGUGUCAAACGGUACACGAAGCACCAACUGAUAGAGGCGAGAUACAUUGACGGAGCGUAGAGAGAGCAUAUAAAAACACGAACAUAACAUUUAAUGCUCGCAAAUGCAAGCGCGGAAGAUGUCACAAGCCUGUGCUUGCAUUGUAAGAUGUAAUAUCUUUCGUACAACGAGCAAAACGUGUACAUAGUAAGAAAGUAAUUAAAUAUUUUCAACAUUUUUUACUAGCGUUUUGAGCUCUGUGAUUUGACGCGGACAGAGCCGCGUGGAAGACUCAAAUGGCGUAAAAGUAAAAUCGCGACAUUUAUAUAUGAAUUGAACCGAUUUUGCAUACGAUUAUACGAAAUAAUCCAUUUCAGUUAGGACGAGACACCCACCUAGGGUAUUCGUGCAAGCAAUUCGAACAGCGUUCGUUCACCUUAGGUACCAUCCAUUCCUGUAUUGAUAAUAAUGCGAAGUAAAUUAAUUUGUUUCUUACAUAUGUAUUUAGGAGGAGAGGAUGUGCUUUUAUAAAUAUUACAAAACAUAUGUAUAUUUUUCUUUUCGUCUUCCUUGUUUCAUUUCCUCAACAACUUCAUCAUCGCGUUUUGUUAUGCAUAAUCCGCACUGUGUGGAUAAUCUCAUCACGAUUCGCUGAAUGACCCUUUCCGAGAGUUGUAGAACAAAUUCCUACCCAUAUUAUUAAUUGAGAAUUAUAACGCUCGAUUAUAUCAUAAAAAGAAGGAUCCAUGUAUUAUGUAAUGUGUUACAUACUUAAAAAAUAGAAUGUAUACAAGAAACCAGUAAAGAUUACUUCCUAUUUUA